AUGCAGGGUCGAGGCGACCUCGUCACCCGUCGAACCCAGUUCUCCAGUUGCGAUGAAUAUCGCAGAUCUCGCGUUGCUUGUGACUCUACGAGCCGUCGCAGCGAAGCCGGUGAUUCCUCAGUUUCCUAUACUCGCUAUCAGAAAGGUCAUUGGCUAUGCACCUUCAAGUGGAUGCAAGAUGCCAGGGUAGCAUCCUUCCCCCUGGAAAGCCAGGGGCGCAGGCGAGAAUCGGCUCGUACUGCGAGUGAGUUACGGUUUUCUCCGGACGAUAAGCACGUGGAUGCUUCAGCUGGAAAAAACCGGCUGCUCUCUGGGGUGGACUGGAGCGCAUCCCCUCUUGUUGUUCAGGACAUUCUAGAUCCCACCCUCCCUUCUCCUGCCCCUGAUUCUGCGCGACGUACUGUUGUAUCGCCAUCACACACACUAAUUACUUCUCCAAGCUCGGACUUUUUGAGCGAGCUGGAGUCCCAAUGGCUGUCUGCCCUCUAUAGAGAAGGGUUUGAAGCAGUCUUUGGGUCUUGGAUGGGCAGAUACAGCAAUCCCUUUGUGUUUGGACAGGAUAGUUUUGCCGAAAAAUAUGUCAGCAUCUCUGACCUCUGCUGCCAGUUGGAUCGAUGGAUGGCAGAAUCUUCCGACGGCCAGAACCUGGGCCAGCAAGAAAGCGAAACAGAUCGACAGAUUCAACAAUCUCUUCGGAGCACCAUUGCUUCUUAUUCCGCGAGGUGGCUUGACCUUACUGCCCAACCUGCUCCUUCAGGAUGCGCCCAUUUGGACGUCACCCAGGCACUCUGGCGAGACGCGCGGCGAGACAUGCUGAAAGCCAUUAACCGGCCUUCUUAUCGGUCGAUGAUAUCGCUUUUCCUCUUCGCGCUAACACCAAUACCGUACGGCAUAUCUGAAGAGGAGGAAGCUGAUGGAAUAUCGGGGCAGACUUGCGUCCAGGCAGCUCUGCAACAAAUACAAACUCUCCGAGCCAGGCAACGGAACUUGCAGUUCAGUGAGUCAAAGGUGUCUCCGCCCUCCACGAUGAAAGUCCAGGCUAUUUGCACAACUCCAGAGUCGACUGGAACCUCCAGCUUCAUUAAUGCCGAAAGCACGGCGUACUGGGCAGCCCUCACGUUCGAUACUUCGGCAUCCUUGACCCUCAAUUGCCGCUCCCUGCUCUCAUCCGGCCUGUUUGGCUUCGAAGCUGAAUUGCCGUGGCGUCUUGUGAGAACAACCUCCAAAAUGUUCGAUGAGACAGCCAAACACUGGGGCCUGAGCAGUUUCGAGAUGACAGACGAACGAGCGAAUCAAAUCAUCGCUGCAGGAGCGUCUUGGAACCUGUUGGGCUGGAAACUAACGGCGAUCUUCAAGGAAGCUCUCAGAGACGGCCAUGACGAGUUAGAAGUUCAAAAGGGAUAUGCCGCCGUUGUCGACUCUAUCAAGCAUUUCAACACUAUAUAUCGCCCCCGUCUCGACGCGUGCCAGAAACGCAUGCAGUUCCUCGGUCAGAAGACGAAGCUCCGCUGGUUGGAUUUCAUCGACGCCGCAAGUCGUUACGACCUGCUUGCAAGUUUUGCAGAGGAGAGCACCGAUGCGGAAACCACAGUCAUGAACACUCUAGCAUUUGGUUUGCACAACACGUACACGUUGAGUCCUUUGCCUGAUUUGACAUCCAACCACCCUAAUCCUUCAGUACCUAGCGGCAACGAAACUACCAUAACCGUUCCGCUUGUAUCUAUUGACCCCUACUCACAUCACGUUGUGGCCGGCGUGGCACUUAUGCGCAAGGCCAUUGACCGGAACUAUGGUGUUGGGAAAAUAGCCAAGGAACCAUACCAGAAUUUAUUGUCAACCUUGGAGCGUAUCUUGAGCCUUUUGCCUCAGUGCUCAAAAUCUGUCCAGGCUGUGACGACGAAGUUCUCCUCAAAGGCGCCAGAUGAGGAAUUGUCGAAUCCUCAGGCCUCUCCGUAA